AUGGCUGGAAGGAAUGAUGCUGCAAUUGAUGCUUCUUUGGAAGCAAUGGCUCAGGCUUUGGAACAUCAUCUGAACAUUGGUGAGAACGCUGCGUCUCGCAAUUUGGCUACCUUCAAAAGAGAGAAUCCACCUGUCUUGAAGGGCACUCAUGAUCCUGAUGGCGCAUUGACAUGGCUAAAGGUGAUUGAGAGAAUCUUCCGUGUGAUGGAUUGUACUCCGGAUCAGAAGGUUAAGUAUGGGACUCAUAUGCUAGCAGUCGAGGCUGAUGACUGGGAAUUCUCGAGGAAGUACUUUCCUGAGGAUGUUCGUGGAAAGAAGGAAAUCGAGUUCCUUGAGUUGAGACAAGGGAAUAAGUCAGUUGUUGAGUAUGCUUCUAUGUUUGGAGAGUUGGCUAAGUUCUACCAACAUUAUGAUGGACCAACUGGUGAAUUUUCGAAGUGCAUCAAUUGUCGAAUCUCGGAGGAAGACAAUAAUGCUCAUUAUCAGGUUAUUAGUGAGAAACAGGGGAAGAGUCAACAAGGUCGUGGCAAGCCUUAUGAUGCUCCUGUUGGAAAGGACAAGAUUCUUCAAAUUGGAAAGAAUGCUGGUAAUAGUAAAGGCAUUGGGUAUAUUCAUCCAGGAAAGGCCAAGAACAAUGUGACAGAAGUGAAAUUUGUUCCAGCUGGAGGAAAAUAG